AUGGCCGAUUACGAGCGCCGCCAUAAUGGUCCCCCCAGGGGUGGUGGACGCAAGAGGCGUUAUAGAGACGAUGACGACUUUGACCGCCGUCAGCAACGUCGAAGAUAUGAAGAACCUCUUUCUGGCAGAGUCCGAAGACUGCUAUUCACGAUUGCGGAAUCGGUCGUUCGAAGGGUAGAGGACGAUGUCGCGUACAUUGCAAAGACCGUCGCGGAGAACUACGAGGAUGAGGAAUUGAGGAAUACUUACAUCGACGCUACCAUUGACCUCGCCGUCGAGCAACCGUUGAAGAUUCCCUUCGUCGCGGCCACGGUUUUGGUUGCCAAUAACCAGAGGUCGGAGCUUGUGGCCGAGGUGCUUCAGAAAGCUAGCAGCACUCUACAAAAUUUUAUCAAUGUCGGUGCUUGGAGGGAAGUCAAGCUUCUCGUGCGCUUUUUUGGUUGCCUUCAAUUCAUCUUUGAGGGUGAUGGGAUCUUUCCGUUGUUGGAGGAGCUGUUCGCGCGCGCGGUCGAUCAACAGACGGCGUCUUCGGAAGACUUGCUAGGGCUCGAACUGGUCAAGAUCAUCCUUUUCACUAUCCCCUACGUGAUGGCAUCUCCGGCAACCGGCUUUGAGGGCCACGCAAACGCUCUUCUCGAAAAGACGGACAUUAUCGCUUCCACUCCCCAUGCGCUUGUCGACCUGGUCAAGCCGUUUCCCAAGGAAGAUGAAGAGCCCGUCGCUACACCGAGCAUUAUUAGUCUCCUCCAGACACAACUCCAGGCCGAGUCCAGUCGGAAUUGGGAGUUGGUGUGCCUUCCUCGUCCUUGGAACAUCCCGCCGGAGGGAGAGGAGGAACAGGAGCCUUUGGAACCAGGGACAAGACACGCUUUCCCGCAAAUCACCGUUCCCAAUCCUGUCCCGAAUGGUGCCAGAGCAAUCUUCCCCGAGGUUUAUCUAUCGGUAUACGCAAACCAGGAGGUGGAAACGGUGCCGCCGUUGUCUGAUAUCACGUCCUCAUUGUUGCGCGAUUCCCUGGUCGACACCAUCAACCUCCUCGACUUCAACCGUAACGCGACCGCCAAGAUCCUGAUCGAUGUCGACUGCUACUUCACGCCUCAUACUUUUGUGAAGCGCGCGACGCCCUUUGACCGGCUCCGCGAACUCCCCCAGGACCGCCCAACAUGGAAACCGGAAGACGUUGCUGUUGACGCAGUGUUCUCUCAACUAUUCCAACUCCCAACGCCGGAGCAUAAGCUCGUCUACUACCACUCAGUGCUCACUGAGUGCUGCAAGGUCGGGCCUGCUGCUAUCGCGCCCAGUCUGGGGCGUGCGAUCCGUUUUUUGUACCGAGGCUUGGAGGUGAUUGAUUUGGAUCUCACUCAUCGGUUCUUGGAUUGGUUCUCGCAUCAUUUGAGUAACUUUGGUUUUACUUGGAAAUGGAGUGAAUGGGUCGACGACCUUGAUCUCCCCAUCGUUCACCCCAAGAUGUCUUUCAUUAACGGGGCCAUUGACAAGGAAAUCCGGUUGAGUUUUGCGCAGCGCAUUCGGGGCACCCUUCCCGAUCCUUACCAAGACUUGAUUACUGAAGGAAAGGAGAAGGAUAUCCCUGAUUUCAAGUACUCUGUAGACACUACACCGUACGCCAACGAAGGCAGAGAACUCAUGCAACUCAUCCGCAAGAAGGCUGGCGACGAAGAAGUUCAACCGAUCAUCGCCUCGAUCGAAGAACAAGCCAAGGAGCACGGCGUCGAAGACCCCAUGCUCCCAUCCACCGACGCCUUCGUCACCUCCAUCUGCUUCGUCGGCGCCAAAUCCCUCUCCCACGUCCUCUCCUGCAUCGAGCGCAACAAAGAACGCCUCCUAGCAAUCGGCCCACAAUCCUCCCGUGCGCGCAAUCAAAUCGUCACCUCGGUCAUGGAAUACUGGGCCGACCAACCAGGCAUCGCAAUCAACAUUAUCGACAAACUCCUCAACUACACAAUCCUCACCCCCCUCUCCGUCAUCGAAUGGGCCCUCGUCGAGAACCUCACCGCAGGCAACAUUCUCGCCAGAACUGAAAUCUACGAAAUGGUUGCCGCGACAAUCGGCAAAGUCACCAACCGUCUCCGCCAGAUCGUCGCCGCGCGCAUCCAGCCGGGUCUCUACGAGCCCCAGCUCGGCGUUAUCGACGACACCCUCCACCGCGAAAAGGCAGACAUGCAAGCCCUCUUCAAGGUCACGGAGGACUCGCUCGUCUCGAUUGCCAACGGCAGUAAUGAUGAGCAGAUGGAGCGUGGGGACGGGAGUGGUGGUUUGCCGGAGGAUGAGAUUCUGAGGCAGUGGGGUCACCGCUGGCUUAGGGUUUUCCGGCGGAAAGCUGCGGUUGAAGAGGCGUUUAUUGCGGAGGCUAUGGCGGGUGCGACGCCGGUUGGGACGGUUGCGCCGCCGCAGCCGGUUCAGCCUGCUGCUUCUGCUGGUGCUCCUGUGCAGGAUGCUAAUGAUGGGGAUUUGGAUGUUGCGGAUGCUGAUGCGGCGAGUCAGUAG